AGAAAAUAAAAUUAAAGUUUGAUGUUUUUAAUUGAAAAAUGAAAUUCGAAUGAUUCGCAAGUUGUUCUCUCUUAUUAGUUCAUCGUCUCUCUACUCCCCCGCUACGUCGUCGUCUUCGUUCGCUCCGCGGUAAUCCUCUCCAACUCCGAUAAAUUAUAAAGCGAAUUGCUUCCGAUCGUCUCUUCCUCAACCUCGAACUCCUUGCCGAGGUUUCCCCUUUUCAUCUGAGGGAUCUUCAUAAGCAUUUAGGGUUUGAAUCCUUUUGCGGAGCCGUCAAUCGCUAGGAGCUAUUUUCGCUAGUGUAGUUUUGACUUUGCAACAGCUAGAAAUGCAGAGGGGUGACCGAGGACAUUGGAAUGAUUAAGGAUUUCUAUGCCGGGUGGAAUUGAGGACUUGUGCAGGCUGCUAUUGUGCUACUGCAUUCCAAUGCAUGCUGACACCUAAUGUUUAUAGUAGGUUGGGGUUGAGGAUUUUUCCUCUUUUUUUUUUUUUUCGGAUGUGUCUAAGAACAUGCUAAAUGGAACUUAUCAUGAUGGUGGUCGGUCGGCUGCCCCCAAAAUGGAUAUGGCCAUGCUUUCGCUCACACAAUAAGCCAUAGCACUUAGCAUUUCAACAUGCUUGUAUUGAAUCAUUGUGAACUAUGAGCUAACAACAAGAUGUUGAUCGACCAAUCUGGGUGGGGGCAUUAAAGAUGGAGCGGACCCAUCGAUCCACUGAUUGGGUGCAUUCCAAAUCUGAAGACUUGGUACCAACAAUGUGGACCCUAGCAUGUGAUGCAUCCCCCACAUGGACCACCUGUCUCAGUCUGCUCCAAAUUGCUCUCAAUUUACUCUCCUCUGGUUCACUCCAGCAAGUAGAUGUCGCGGUGGCUGAUGAAUGAUAUCUAUCAUCGUGACGCGCGGAGAUUAACUACAAGCUCAUACAAUAUGCCUACCUAUAUUGUUCCUAUCCACCACAUUCCCUCCAACUCCCAUAGACUAGGUUGAGAUAUUUUCUCCAAAGGGACACGAUCGCGCGGUCCGUUCGGUGCUUUAGCGUCUCCUCGGUCGGAUUUGCACAAGGCCCAGAAGAAGAGGCUUAGCUUAAUUAAUUAUUCGGUGUUGAUUAAUGGAUAGUUUGGGUUGGAGCAAUCCGACACCCAUCCAACAUGAGAUUUCCACUUCGACAUGCAUUUGGAGCACCCAGUACGAUAACUUCUCCGAACCGAAGGAGUACUACAGCAACAUAAAUGAUGACGUUGAGCUCCACGAGUGUAUCUACAGCACAGGUUUGGAGCUUCAAGGCGUUCGCGCAUGCGACACGAUUAGUUCGAGUAACAUCGAAGGAGUUUGUGAUGAUCAGAUGGUGGGAAUGCUCGCUCCAGCGCCUUUCGACUCCAUGGAUGGCAUUUCAAGUCUCGAUCUCUUGCAGCCCCAGCCCCAGGAAAUUAUCAAGUUGGUGGCCGAUUCAUCAGUUCUCGCGAGAUCACAACAAGCGACGACCGCGUGGUGCGCCGAUAUUAUUCUUUCUAGUUCUGAUCAGUUGUUAUGCUCUUCUCUCGUGCCGAUCAGUAGACCCACGUUCGUCGAUUCACAGCGCGCUCUACUCGAAAACCUUUCGAGCGGUGAAAAUUUCCAAAACUUGAGUUACAGUACCGGCAACAUCUCUUCGGGGGAGUCCGAGAACUGUGCUUCCUUCGACCGCAACACGCUGAAUCGGGACGAGGCGGCAUCGCAGAGCUCUUCGAACCCGGAGCCUCCCCAGCUUGAGUUCUUUAACCCGAAGGCACCGAACCCUCAUAAGAGAAAGCUGGAGGAGGAGUGUGAAGGAAUAUUGUUGGGAGAGAAGAGCCAUUUAUGCAGCCUUCUUCGAUCCAGCUCUCCGGCUAUGGAAGGAGGCUUCCAGAUAGUCUUCGGCGGAAAUAGCAGCAACUCGUCGAAAGGCAAGAGAUCGAAAGGCGAGAAGAAUUCGGGGCAGUCGACGAGCAACAACAUCGAAUUUUCUCAGGAGAGCAACUACGAGCCCGACACGGAGGCGAUCGCGCAGGUGAAGGAGAUGAUAUACAGGGCUGCGGCCAUGAGGCCGUUGAAUCUUGGGGCGGAAGAGGCGGCGGAGAGGCCGAAGAGGAAGAAUGUGAGGAUCUCAAGCGACCCGCAAACUGUUGCAGCAAGGCAUAGGAGAGAGAGGAUAAGCGAAAGGCUUAGGGUUCUUCAGAGGCUGGUCCCAGGAGGGAGCAAGAUGGACACCGCAUCCAUGCUUGAUGAGGCUGCAAACUAUCUCAAGUUCCUCAAGUCCCAGGUCAGAGCAUUGGAAACCCUAGGAGGAAGCAAGGUUGAUGGUUCCAUCAUCAACAGCAUGCAGUAGCACAUCAGUUAUACUACUACUACCCACUUCUACUUCUACUGCUACUGCUACUGCUGCUGCUGCUGCUACUGUUACUUCCUCCUCCCCCAACAAUAUUAUUACUCAUGAGCCAAACUUUUCCCAUGCAGGCCUUUUCCCCCUCCCAAAACCCUAAACCUCAAAAGGGAAAAAGGGAAUUAAUUAAGCUCCCCAAAAAACCCACAAGUCGUAUCAUCCCAUGCAUCAUUAGGGGUUGGUGUUUAGGGCAACACCUGUUCAUUUUAGCUCUCUCAUUUAGACACACUUUUUCCCUAACCAAAUCCUAAUUCCAACACCCAAAAACCCAAAAAGUGGGGGAGGGGGUUGGGGGGGGAGGAGGGAUGAGAAAAGGUUAACCUUUUUGAUCAAAUUGUUGUGUACACUCUCCCUUUUUAUCUUUGGCCACCUUUUCACCAUGCCAAAGCCUCUUUUCAUGUCCAUAAAGCAAACUUGGCCAGACAGUACUACUCUCAUCUCCUUUUAUCAUCAUCAUCAUCAUCAUCAUCAUUAACUUUAAACCUUAAUCUAGAGUUUCUUCUUCUUUCUUCUUCUUUUUUCCUCUUUGUUUUUUCUUUAUUUUGCCUUUUAAUGAUCUAUCUGUGCCAUGCAGAAACCCUAGCUUAGAUAAGCCCCAAAAAACUCAUAUCAUAGGCUUCAUGAUUACUUACUUUCAUGUUGCUUUAACUAAGGAGCUUUUAUGCCAGUGUACUUCAAAGAGUGUGAGGAAAAUAUUAAUCAUGUCACCUAUGAUUAAGAGCCCAAGGAAAAGGGGUGUUAGACUUAAAUUUGUCUUGAGAGUGAUCACCCACCCACCUCAAAAUUAAUGCUUCUAUGGAAUGGAAUCCUCCCCCUCCCCCUCCCCCCCCCCUUUUUUGUAUUAUUUUUGACAUAUAUUUUUCUAUUGUUUGUAUUUCUCGAAAUGUGCUGAACAUCGAUGGUCAGAAUCCGAGUGUGGUAGCUUUCCUGUUUAA